AUGGAAACCCAAUACAGAACAUCAUCAAAAUUAAUGAAAACAUCAAAAUUGAACUCUUCAGAGGCUUCAAAUUCAACUAAUUUGCCAGAUUCAGCUGAUUCAUCUAGUUCUUCAGAAAACAUAAAAUUGGAAGCUGAUGAUGAACCUUAUUUAGAUUUUAUAUUAUCUGAUGAAGAAUCUGUAUUAAAUGAUAAAAGUGAAGAUUCUGAAAAUUCUGAUGAUAAUGAAGGAGAUUUUUCUCAGGACGAACAAUUUAUAGCUCCCAAUUGGAAUAAUUUUGAUGACAGUAAUGAUUUUACAUAUCUUAAUCCAAGUACUGAUAAUGAUAUUCCAGUAGCAAGAAAAUUUUACAGAUAUGUAUCAGCGUUGGCUGCUUAUCAUCAAUGUCAUAAGGUAGCCAGUAGUCAUAAUGAAGAAGAAAGACCUAAUUUUAGUAGCUUUGACAACAUGAAUGAUUAA